AUGAGUGAAUCUCGCUAUAGCGAACUUGAUGUCGAGGAGUCGAAGCGGUCGUUUGAGACGACGAGCUCUGAUGCAUAUGUGCAUCUUCCUAGAAAGCCGCUCUUAUCAAUGGCAUGGUUCAACAACAGAAUCAUCAUUCUAAUAUCCUCUAUCGUCAUCGGCCUUGGAUUUUUCGGAGCUCUGUGGCAUCGACCAACUCUCAUCUACGGCGCUCGACCAUAUCGUAUCGCCAAAGUGUCCAUGUUGUAUGGUGACAAUAGCUUGUACGAAAGAGCUCUGGACUCGCACAUUCGACAUGGAGAAAAAUGGGGCUAUCCCACCUACAUCAAGCGACAGAACGAGUACUGCGGCUACUGGAACAAGCCAACCUUUAUGAUCCAACAAGUUGCUCAAGAGCUCGCCAAGCCAGAACAUGAGAGAGCUGAAUGGUUGAUGUGGGUUGACGCAGACUCCAUCAUCCUCAACCCCAACAUCCCAGCCCACAUAUUCCUUCCACCCAGAGAAUUCUCCCACAUCAACGUCGUCGCAGCACGCGACAUCCAAGGUCUCAACACCGGUGUCUUUUUCGUUCGCGUACACCCCUGGACAAUCUCAAUGUUUGUAGAUGGCAUGGCCUUUCCCCUCUGCUCACCCAAAAUCGACCUUGGAAACGACGCCGAUCAAGCCGCCAUGGCACGAACGGUACUCAAGUCUGGAGGUGGGCCUGAUGGCCAUGGUUUUAAGCGUGGCGUCGUCUAUCUGCCACGCAGCCUCUUCAACAUUUACGAACUCCCUGGAUAUGCUAGAGAUGACCGAACAGAUGUGCUCAGAAACUUUACAGGCUUUGUGGAACCUCAUGCUUUCGAGGGCAAAAAGGGAGAUUUUCUCGUCCACCUGCCUGGCUUGUUUGGAGAUCGCGAUCCAUUGAUGAGUGAUUGGUUGGACAUGGUUGAGAACCGAGAAGAAGACUGGGCUAUUCCUUUGGAGGAAACGACAUACCUCAAGGACACGCAAAACUUCUGGACACUUUAUGGCGAGGCUGUUGAUGUCAUUCGCGAAGCCAUGGACCGGGAAGAUGCGGACAAGGAAAUGAGAGAUGCCGUCAAGCAGUUGAGAAAUGCUUUGAGUGAAGAAGCUGAUGAUUCGAAUAUCGUCACCGAGUACACCCAGUACCUGAAAGGGUUACUGCAUCCGGUUGAACACUUCGACAGAUGA